CGUGCGGUCUCUCCGGUUCGCUUCAUCGUCGUCGAGGCUCCGAUGGAUUGCCCAUGUCGUAUGUCAGUCCUGGACAAAGCUUGCGUUUGAAAUGUCGGUGUCCAGAGGCUCUAGGGGACGAGAACGUUUGGUGGAGCAUCAAGAGACCAACAGGCGAAGUUGUUACGUUACCCGAGAUAAGCACUCAUGCCAGAGUAGAAGUCGACAAUGUAUGGCAAUCGACAUCAAGUAUCAACCUUACCGUGUUAUCUGAAAAUGAGCAAGGGACGUUGUGUUGUCAUAAGAGAUGGGCGUGGCCUGGGUGUGUUGUUCUCACACCGGAUGGCGGAUGGAACACGGUGCAAGUAGUAAUGAGAGCUCAACAGGAUGAGAUUGGUUUGAGUAACAGGCAGGAACAGAUUUACGAUGUUUACUGCACUUUGAUAACAUUGACAAACAAGAUGUUGUAUGGUUCGAUGAGGCUGCUGGUGGAUGGCGAGGAGAGAGAGUUGCAGUCUGUUCAGAUUGUGAAGAGCGACGAUUACUAUCGUGCCACGAGGUUUGAGAAAAGAUAUUGGUCGGAGGAGCUUAUUUACGAUGGAAAUCGACUGAAAUGUCGUUGGAUUAGUGCUAGAGGCACUACAAUCUUCUCGACUGAAAUUACUGUGCAGAUCCCUGUUGACAGUGAAGGUCCUCCUUCCCACGUGAGCCAAAUUAUUUCAUCUACUCCUUUUUCACAUGUUUUGACCAAGGCAUACGAGUCGGAUGAUGAAGAUAUUGGAUACAGCAGCAGUGGAGAAAAGAAAUACAGUGGCAACGGUGUAGAGAAAGACAGUGGUAGUGGAGAAGAGACAGACAGUAGCAGUGGAGAAGACACAGACAGCGGCAGCGGAGAAGAGACAGAGAGUGGUAGUGGAGAGGAGACAGAGAGUGGCAGUGGAGAGGAGACAGAGAGGGGCAGUGGAGACGAGACAGAGAGUGGCAGUGGAGACGAGACAGAGAGUGGCAGUGGAGAGGAGACAGAGAGUAGCAGUGGAGAAGCAAAUCAAGGUGGGUUUGUGGAGGACUCCGAAUCUCCUUCUUCGUAUGUGAGCGAACUUACACCAUCUGCUAGUACUCUACUUGUACCAACCAAGGCAUACAAUGAGGGUAUUGAAGAAGUAAAUGACAAAGGAGAUGGAGAAGUCUUAAAGGACAAUCACCAAUCGUCAUUGUUGGUAUCAUCUACUCUUGCCAUACAAACAACAUCAAUAGUAACUAUUCAGUCUUCUGACAGAACUUUAGUAUCUCUGUCCUCUAGCGCAGCUGCUUUUACGUAUUCUUCAAAUGGCUUGACUUCAAGUUUUACUGUUGAAGCAACACCAACACCAAUCUACUCUACUGCUAUUGCAGUACACGAAGUGAAGGUUCCUGGAAACGAAAGUCAAACCGGGCUAAGUGUUUCAGAAGAAGGGAACACACAUGAUUCUACACGACAACUGAUUGUUAUUGGGUCUGUGCUAGGAACUGUUGCCAUUGUGUGCAGCAUCAUUGUGUUAGUUGUCGUUAUUCAACGAGUCUCGUCUAGGCGGCAGAAGAAAGAUUCUAUUCUAGUAAAGGACAAACAAGUAUGUGUACAACGGGAAGUAAAGGAAGAGGUGCAAGUGAUGGAAGUAGAAGCUGUUGAUAAGAACAAAGACUCUUCUCUUCUCGUCGAAAUGAGAACACUUGGAGACGCUCUGCAAGCUGUUGAAGUCAACAUUCAGGCAUUCGCCUACUCUCCAGACAUGAGAGCUCAUGGAGUUUUGUUCAACUGGGAAACACCAGCAGAAGAAAUGCCACAAGAAGACGAGAACAGUAAUUGACAGCGCAUUUCAGGUUUUGUGCAUACAGACUAUUUUGUAUACAGUAUAGUUAGUAGUUGCAACAAACUGCUUAUUAUAGUGGAUUGUUGAAGUUAGCAAGAUUAGGCAUUAGCUCAGUGAUUGCAUUGAUUGUAUCAGAUAGUAGGCACACAACUUCUUACCAUCUUUUUGUGUUUGGAGGAUUCGAGUAUAGCAGCUACAUUGAGCACAUGUCUUGAUUUAGUGUAUCCAGUCACCUCAAAAUAGACUGCAAUUGUAAC